AUGUUUGGCAGUGAUCCUGAGCUGGAGAAGGAGAAAAGUGUAACGGAAGUGGGGAAGGAGGUUCAGGGCGAGAAGAGCACCCUGGUUGAGGACUGUGUUGAAGAGUUGGAGAUAGAGAGAGAUGAGCAGGACGAGGAGAAGCGAAGCGAGGAGGAGGAGAGGAUGGAGCACGACCAGCAGAAAAAGACGCAGGAGGCGAAGGUGAGUCUGGGUAGAGAGAAGGAAGCGGACCUGGACAAAAAGGGUAGACAAGCCCAUAAGCAGGCGGAAAUGGCAGCAAUGGGAAGGGCAGCAUACGAGGAGAUCUAUCGCCUGAAAAAAGUCAACGACAGCAACCAUGAGCCCGAUAAAGACGAGGAAACUCCUGAAUUACUGGAACUGCGGCGCUUCGCGUCCACAAUUCGUACCGGUGGUUCUGAUCUUGAACGACGAGUUGAGGAAAUGACACGGAAACUCAUCAACGAACAGAUCGAGCGGAUACGCCUGUCCCGUUCAAAUACUGCCCUGAGACGGCGAAGUGCCAGAGCGGAGCAGUUGAUGCGAAGAGCACGCGACCGAAUGGUUGUGGUGGAAACCCAGGCUGGAAAGCGUUGUGCUCAGCUACAGUACCAGCUAGACACGGCACUGAUUGAUCUGGCAGAAUGCCAAGGUCAGCUAGUCCGUUCAGUGCCCAUCGAAAAAUACGAGAAGUUAGCGCUUCGUUUAAAGAAGGAGUGUGUUUCUGAAGUGUUGGGAAGUGAGUUGGACGAGGUUUGGAAGGAGAACGUCGUCACGAUUGCUGCACCUACUGAUGCGAAGAUGGACGAGUUGGAGGCGAAGAACUCGUAUCUGAAGAAGAUUGUGGAGGUGCUUAGCGAACAGAACGACUUUUGGUCGAAGGAAACAGAAAUUCUUCAAAAUGAAAACGAGGAGUUAAAGCGAUUUGUCGAGGACAUGGAAAAUGAGAGUGACCUGAAGAAUAUAUUGGCCUCAAUUGAGCAGCGCCUACUGGAGACGAUUAGAGAGCAACAAGAAGGAAGACGGGAUCAUGAGCGUGAGUUCAGGAAGGCUCGAGAAGCGGAGGAGAGUUUGGCAAAAGGACGUAGGGAAUGGACCGCUGAGCGGACACGGCUCGUCUAUGCCAUAAAGACACUUCAAACGGCUCUUUCAACUGCUCAGAUGAAUUCAUUGAAUGCCUUAAGUCUGCCUCAAAUUGAAAAGCUCAAAGCGAAGAUUCGCGAAGUUCGUGAGAAUGAGCUUGAGGUCGACGAAACAAAGAGCAAAGUCGAAUCGAUACGAAACGAACUCGAGCAGCAGCUCAUAGUGCAAAAGUCUAUCCGUAAGGCAAGAGAGGGUAUCGCUGAAGAUAACGGUGAUGUUCCCAAGUUGGAGCGUAGGCUACAAGCAGUAUAUAGUAGCCUUGAAUUGCAAACGAUAGCCAGCGAUCGGAUAAAGAAUACGUUGAAUCUGAGAGAUCGACAACUAUCAGAGCUUAGAGACGAAUUGGACGACAUGCGAAAAGAAAACGAACAACUGCUGACGGCCAUAGCAAGUUCCAGCUUUUUUGCGAAGGCUUCAGCAGAACAGAAGAAGGUCGAAGAACAGGCCCAACCCGUGUCGACUCGGGAACCCUCCAGGUCUCCAACAUUCGAAGAGCCAUUCAGCUCUAGGGAUGGAUCAGAAGCUUCUUCGACGGAUUCCGAUGGAGUGGAGGUGAAAACUAUUCUCCAGGACAACUCCAAAGAUUUUGAGAAGCAACUGGUCAAAAUGAAAGAGGCUGCUGAGAUUUGUAUUCAGAACUAUAAAAACCAACUACUUCAAAAGGAAGAAGCUCUGAGAAUCUUCCGUGAACUGGCUGAGAAGAAACUAGCUGCCAGUUCACGUCCUAUCAUUGAAAAGGAAAUCAUCCGUGAAGAAGUUCGAGUCAAAGAUGAGGAAACUGAAGAGCGCCUCAGGCAGUCCUUCGGUGAAGUCGCGAGGUUGAAGGAAGAACUCGAAGAACUUGAAAGGGCAAAUCGAGAACUGUACCGGAAGCAACGCCGAAGUGUCAUCACCACGCUAAACACCGUGGAAUGCCAAACCGACGCACAAACCGAAGAUGCGGUGGCUCCUGCCGAAAAAGAGAUGAGCGUAGAGAGGAAUGAAUCAUCACGGAAUUCACCAGGAACCGAUAUUUUGGAACCGAGCAAGGUGGAGAAAAAGUGGGAAGCGGAGCGAGCCAGGUAUAAGAACGACAUCAAACAGCUUCAAGGGAAACUACAUCGACUGACAGCGAACAAUAAGGUAGGCAAGCUAAAGGAAUACGGAAUUGCUCCUGACAUAUUCGAUCUUGAAAAAAUACGAAAAGAAAAUAAAACGCUACGAAAAACAGUCGAUGAACAGAAGGCAACACUUGAGGAUCUCAAGAAAAGGGCAGGGGAGGGACAAAAAAGUUCUGAGGCUGAAAUUUCAAAAUGGAAUGAGCGAAAAAAACUCGAAGAGAGUCUGAAUUCCGUGAAGAAAAAGCUGUCAUCCGCUCUUGAACGAGAGAAAGAACUUGAAGAUCGCGUUGGCACCAGAGACCGAGUGAUCGCCGAGUUGAGAAGGGACGAAGAGUUGCGGCUGAAAGAGCUUGACCGCUGUCAGCGACGGAUCGCUCAGAUUCAAAACGAAAAGGAGAAAAUGAUGAUUGAGAAUACUGAAAGGGCGGAGUUGAAAUCAAGUUUAAAGGAAAGAGUUGAAGAGUUCGAGAAAAAAGUAGAGGAGGUUUCGGCACUCUCCAUGAGGCUACAUUCCCUUCAAGAGCAGUACUCGAAGUUGGCGAGGGAGUAUGAGAAGACGCAGGCAGAGCUCGAAUAUCGCGAAAGAGCCGCUCAACGAGUACAGCUUCAUUCGAAAGCGGUUCAAGUCAAAGUGACAAAUAAGGCUGUCACUUGGGCAUCUACCCAGAUCCCCGAAGUAAUAGACCGUAGUGACACGAAAACACAAAAAAUAGACAAAGCUGUGGAAGUUCGAGGAACAAUCCGAGAUGAGCAGUCAGCUGAAAUGAAGCUGAUCGUGGCCAUGGAUGACACACUCGUAUUUCAGUUGAGAGAAACCAAGAAGAACAUGGAGAAGAUGGGUCUUCGAUUGUUGGAAAUGGAUGAGAAGUUGGCUGAAUGUGAGCGUGAUCGUGAUCGUCUCCUCGAUGCUAACAAGAGAUUAGUGGAAGAAAUCGGUCAGCACCACGUACCAGGAGCUGUAGCUGCUUUAUGUGAGAAAAUUGAGGCAAAGAACAGAGAAAUUAUCCUUUUGAAGACACAAAUACGAAGCCUUGAAGCAAGUUGUAUUCGGUGA